AUGGUGGUUUUAUCUGAAUCUGUUCCCACCGGCCGGGGCCUCUCCUCCAGCACCACCACCAUACCUGUGGUCCCGGACGUUGCUCCAUGGCCUCCUGCCAGCGGGGGGAACAUCAGGAACGUCUUUAACGCUUCACGCCGCCGAAUUGGCUCCCCCUUGAACCAUCAUGUUCUCUCUCCAGUACCAAGUCCCAUCCUGCUGGUUGCGUUUCCUCUCUCACUCUCACUCUUCUCCCACCAGCAUCUCAUGCAAUACCGCUCGUCGUUCCCCCGCCCCUUGUCCAUAAAGCUACAGUGGAUAAACAAAGUGGCUCCACUCGCCACUCGCGACCCUGGUGAGAAUGAGGGUAACAGUGAUCAUUCUGGUAGUGAUGUCUUUGGUGAUGAGGACCAGCUCCCCCAGAACACUAUCUAG